AUGUCGUCUUCAUUCACAAGACCGAAGCGAGGAGGUGAGGACGACGACUCAGACGGCGUACCGCAAUCUUCGUCGAAAAAACCACGUUUUGAUGUCCGCAACCCCUCUGCGCUCGCACCAGAUGCCCUAGAGGAGGAUGCGGUACUGGAUGCAGAUGAGAUUGGCCACCGAGGCCAAAGAGUCCGUCGCAAUGCUGUGAAGGUUGAGGGAUUCGAGUCGGAUAGUGAAAAUGAAGGCUUCGACGCCCGUGCCGAAGCUAGAUCGAAGGCUAAAAAACGAGAAAAUCGCGCCGCCGAUGACGAUGAUAUGUUUGCCGAGCUUGAAGAAGAUUUUGGAGAAGAUGACGACGAGGAGAAUAGAGACCGGCUGAGAGAUAAGAAACAGGUUCGGUUUCUGGAAACGGACGAGAUAGAGGGACAAGUUAAUUCCUCGCGAGCGGGACGGAAAGUUACCCUAGAUACCCGUUCUGCAAGCGGAAAAGGAAAAGGGCGAGCUGUCGAUGAAGAAGAUGACGACGAUAGCGGGAGUGACGUCGGUGAUGAGGUCCGCGCCGCGCUUCCAGCGGAUGUGGACAAGGAGCUUGGAGCAGGUGGUAAAAAGCAACAUGCGCCUCUUCUUGAUGCGUUUAACAUGCGAGCAGAACACGAGGAUGGUCGCUUUGAUGAUGCUGGAAACUAUGUUCGAAAAGCAAUGGAUCCAGACGCAAUUCACGACUCAUGGCUGGAAGGUGUUUCCAAAAAGGACAUGCGAAAAGCAAGAGAAGCAGCUGAAAAACGAGAAGAGGAGAGACGCAAACAGUCCCUUGCCGCUGACAAGGUACUUACCAGCGACAUCCUGAAGACCUUGAUCCAGCACCUUGAUCGAGGGGAGACCAUCCUCGAAGCUCUAGGUAGGCUAGGCAAGGGGCUAAAAAACCGGCCCAAAUGGCAGAGCAAAAAUAAAAGGAACCAUAAAAAGCCGAACGGAACUACCGAGGACGUGGAAAUGCAAGAAAAGGAUCCGGCAGAAGCACAGAAGAGGCGUGCCGUCGAAGAAAUCACUGAGGCUGCGGAUCUAUUACUUAGCCGUGGUCAGACGGAUAUCUAUGACACUGAGCGCGAGCUUCUUACUCGGCUGUAUCAACGAGAGACUGGGGAGCAGUGGGUGGAUCCUCCGCGCCCCGAGAUGGUGGUAGACGAUGGUGGUGGGAGUAAUGAGACAUGGGAGUUCCGCUGGUCGGAUGCUCGUGACGGUGGGAUAAUACAUGGGCCUUAUGACAGGGCAACUAUGCAGUCAUGGAGCAGUGCUGGAUAUUUUGCUGGAGGUGGAGCAGAGUUCAAAAUCACCGGAAGCUCAGAUCCUUGGAAACCAGGAGAUCCAUUUUCAUGA